AUGGAAAAUUUGGAAGGUGCUACGCAAACACUUAGCAACCAGAUCGGUAAACAUUCGAAUGCAAAUAAAGGUAUGAGAAACGCUUUGGUAGCAUCCUCAAGUAGCUCUAGCUUUUGCAUAUUUUGCGAUUCGAAAGAACAUUACAUAAAUAGCUGUUUAAAAUUUUUAAAUUUGUCGCCGAAUUUGCGCUACAAAGAAGCUAAGCGAUUGCAACUUUGCUUAAAUUGCCUACGCAAGGGUCAUAGUUUACAACGGUGUAAGUCUGGGCAUUGUCGUCAUUGCCCAGGCAAACACAAUUCGCUUCUCCAUAUGAACCCGCAUACCUCGUCUAUAUCCCCGUCUUCAAACCUACCAACAAUUGAGGCUACAGCCCCUUCACAGCAAACACUCAUUUCAUCGUUAACUUCAAGUACAGUCGCUCAAGCCCCAAAUUCGGGCGCCAAUAGUAAUGUGUUGCUUGCUACAGCUAUACUUUCAGUCAAAAAUCGUUCAGGUGACUUCGUUCCAUGUCGUGCUAUUCUCGACUCGGCCUCUCAAAUAAAUUUUGUAACCGCUCGCUUGGCAAAUAUGCUGCAACUUCCAUUCAAACAAUCUGCAAUUUUGAUUUCCGGUAUCGGCGAAUCAAACUUUGUUGCCGACAAAGAGAUUGACGUUUUCGCACAGUCGCAAGAUAAAGGCUACAACACUUCGUUCACUGCUGUGGUCACACCUAGUAUUACAGAUUAUCGACCUAACUUCAGCCUUUCUUCGGAAUGGAUAAUACCUUCAAACAUUAAUCUAGCAGAUCCAUUAUUCUUUAAACCCCAGCGCAUUGACUUGCUCAUCGGCGCGGGUUUGUUUUUUGAUUUGAUGUGCGUUGGCCAAAUACGCAUUGCUAGUAAUUUGCCAUUACUGCAAAAAACUCGACUGGGCUGGGUUGUCGCUGGUGGCGUUUCAUAUACCAACAAACAAUCAUCCUCACUCGCUGCCUGCAGCAAAAACGUAUUUGAACAUCAACAUAAUAACUCAUUGAACGAUAUCGUAAAACGAUUCUGGGAAAUAGAGAAUUGCUUCGACUCUACUCCCCCUCCAUCUAAAGAAGAUGACUGGUGCGAGCAGCAUUUCAAGAAAUAUUUCUCUCGACUUACUUCGGGAGAGUAUUCAGUGCGUUUGCCAACAAAAACAGGUUUUAGCGAUCUUGGCGACUCAUACAAUCGUGCUCUUCGCAGAUUUAAAAGCUUAGAGCGAAAAUUGGAAAAUAAUCAUAACUUAAGAACUCAAUAUAUUCAUUUUAUGAGUGAGUACAUAUCGCUGAACCACAUGUCACUGGCAACACCUGGGCCAACAACAAAAACAUUUUUUCUACCGCACCAUUGCGUGCAAAAGUUUGACAGUACAACGACAAAACUUCGCGUCGUAUUCGAUGGCUUCGCAAAAACAACAACAGGCUACUCGUUGAAUGACCUUUUGCUAGCGGGUCCAACUAUUCAAGCAAAGCUGUUCAAAACUCUCUUACAAUUUCGUUUUCGUAAAUUCGCUCUGUGCGGAGAUAUAUGCAAAAUGUACCGAUGCGUACGUAUGACAUCUCCAGACGAAUAUCUGCAAUGUAUUCUAUGGCGCGAGAACCCACUCGAUGAGGUAAAGGUAUACAAGUUAGAUACUGUAACAUACGGAACAAAAUCUGCCGCCUUUCUUGCAAUACGAGCUAUGCAUCAACUUUCGUACGAUGAAGAAGGGUCAUUUCCAAUAGGUGCAAAAAUCGUUAGGAGAGACUUUUAUGUUGACGAUCUCAUUUCAGGCGGAGAUACUAUAGAAGAAGUGGUUGAGAUCAGACGUCAGGUUAAAGGUUUACUUCAGCGUGGAGGAUUCAACAUUCGCAAGUGGUGCUCAAACGAGGAUGGCGCGCUGCAAGGUGUUCUUGAUUCAGAUUGCGAGAACCUUCUUAAAUUCCACGAUGGAAGUGAUGUUGCAAAGACUCUUGGCCUCAUCUGGGACCCUAAAACUGAUAACUUCUUAUUUUAA